UAGGAAGAACAACUGUGAGCUAUGACAGGAAUUCUCUUUAACACUUAGCCUCCAACGUGUUCCCCUCCGGCCCUGCGCUGGGAGCAGCUCUCAAUACCGGGAGAGGCACCGAGCACUUGAGCUAUUUCAGCCGCUUGAAAAGCAUCAGGAUUGAGAUCACAGCUCAGAGGACACUGGCUGUCCUUUCUACCUUCUGAGGAGCCUAUAUUCCUGCACCUGACCGCCCGGGACUCUCCGGAAGCAGUAAACAGAUCCACCAAGCAGGGCUAAACCCGGGUGAAUAUGUCGAAACAGCCAGUUUCCAAUGUCAGAGCCAUCCAGGCAAAUAUCAAUAUACCUAUGGGGGCCUUUAGACCAGGAGCUGGGCAACCCCCAAGAAGAAAAGAAAGCACUCCAGAAACAGAGGAGGGUGCUCCUCCCACCUCAGAGGAGGAGAAGAAGCCAAUGCCAGGAGCAAAGAAGCUUCCAGGACCUGCGGUCAAUCUAUCAGAGAUCCAGAAUAUUAAGAGUGAACUGAAGUAUGUCCCCAAAGCUGAACAGUAAUUAGAAGAAAAGAGGCUUGGUGUGAAGAAUUGAAGAGGAAGAGAAUGGAUUUGAAUGAAAACAGCCUACUAAAAAUUUUAUAUAUUUGUAUGAGAUUAUGACCCCCUUGACUGCCUGAGAUUCAAGCAGAAAUGUUCUAUUUAUACAUUUCUAUCUCUUCCUUCUA